AUGGCUGAGAGUACAGAACAAUGGUGGAGUCAAGGUAUAUGGAAUGACACAACAAUUUUAUGCGAACAAGUUGAACCACAUAAAGUUUACAAAGGAUUUUGGGAAAAUGAAUUAUAUCUUAGAGAUACGUACACAUCGACUAUAUUGUGUAAUCUUUCAAUAAUCUUGGGUGUUACUACCUUCACUUGGUACUUGCUUAAGCCUCUUCAAACGCCAUUAACGUCUCAAAUGAUUGGUGGUGUGCUUGUAAUGGGACUAUUAUUUUCGAAUCGAUUAUUCGAGUACAACAAAUUGCUACCACCAACAGUUUUAUACGUACUAGAAACAAUGUCAUCAGUAGGCUUCGUAUUACAGUUAUUCAUGGUGGGAUUAGAAACAAACAUGAGUGUGAUUAUAAGAAGAUUACAAUUGAAAUCUAUAAUCAUAAGUUUAUCUGGCUUAGCCCUUGCUUAUGUAUUCAGCGCUCUUGCAAUCCUUGCAACAAACGAGUUCAAGUCCAUUCGACUACUCGAAAAACCAUCCAUAAGCCUCCUCAUUUUGGUGGCUCUUAAUGCACAAACCUUCUUCAUGGUCACAUGUCACAACCUAAACGACCUUGGCAUAAGCAACUCCGAUAUCGGUCGUAUGGCUUCAUCGAUAGCCUUGAUCCCGGACCUUGUACUAAUGGUGACAAACUUGGUCAUGACUUUUAUUGUACCGCCUUUUUUUAAUGGAUCUAAACUUGAAAGGAGGAAGGCGUUCAUCACUCUAGGGUACUAUAUUCUAGUAUUCUUGGUUUUUAGGCCAAUUGUUUUGUACAUUAUAAGUCAAACACCCGAAGGAAGAAAUAUGAGGAAUUCCCACUUCAUGUACAUUUUUUUGGUUGUUCUUAUUGUAGCUUGGAUUGGUGAAGUGCUCAAUGAGUUGCUACCGGUUUUUUUGUUUUCAUUAACCCUACCGGAACACCCUUUGUCGUCGGUUUUCUCCGCGAAAUUGGAAGCUAUUACUUCUUGUGUUUUCUUCCCUUUGUAUUGUGCAAUGCAAGGGCUUAAAACAGAUUUUUUCUCUUUGACCAAAAGAGCUUAUGAGUUAGAAUUUUUGUUGAUUGUUGGUUAUAUUGGCAAGUUUUUGGGAACUAGCUUUACUUCAAGGCUAUAUGGGGUACCUUUUUGGAACUCUUUAGCCCUUUCUUUCAUCAUAUCAUCUAAAGGGUUGUUGGAUGUUGCUGCAAUUGGGAUUAUAAGAGACAAAGGCUGGUUGAACGUAGAAGAGUACACAUUAGCAAUGUUUCAUUUUUUGAUCUUAACAGGAGCAUUAUUGCCUCUAGUUAGACUAUUCUAUGAACCAUUAAGUCAAUACACUUCAAUUUUUAGACCAAGUGUGACAGAUUCAACCAACAGCAAUACAUUCCAAACAUUAACAUGUCUUUACAAGGAAGAUAAUCUGCCUGGAAUUAUACGUCUCAUCGAGGCGUUUCAUCCCACACGAACAAGGCCAAUCCCCGUGAUUUUGCUACAACUCAUGCCACUAACCGGCCGUUGCACCAUGCCUAUCAUGGCACCCUUGGAUUAUGUCAAGUCAUUGCCUAUGUUCCGUUCAAAGAUUGCAUUUUCAAAUCGGAUAGUUGAAUCUUUCUUAAACCUCGAACGUGAGUCUAAAGGCUACACACGCCUUAAGCACUACAUAUCCAUUUCAACCUAUGAAACGAUGCACAAUGAUAUAUGUAGCCUUGCCUAUGAAAAAGAUGCAAGCCUACUAAUUUUACCAUUUCAUUUGCAAGUACAAUGGACUAAGGUAGGGAAAAUAAUCGAAGACUCAUCGUUAUCUAUAAGGGAAGUUAAUAAGAUGGUGCUCGAAAAGGCACCAUGCUCGGUUGCCUUGUUGCUAGAUAGGGCCGAUCCUCACUUAGGUAUAAUAGAUACAAAUAUAUAUCAAGUAGCUAUUAUCUUCAUAGGAGGGGUAGAUGACUUGGAAGCACUCGCGUUUACUAGACUAUUUGGUAAUCAUCCACAUGUUAAGGCGGUUGUCCUUUGGUUAAAAUCUCCGAACCAAGAUAGGUAUAAUGCCUUAAAUAAUGAGGUGAUUAAGAAUUUUCAAGCUUCCGGUAGAAUGGAGAAUGAGAGACUAAUGACAUUGAAGGAGGUGAUUGUUAAUGAUGGCGCCGACACCACUAAUGUUUUGCUCUCAAUGAAUGGUGUUAUUGAUUUAGUUGUGGUAGGAAGACACCAUGACUUUGAAUGUGCACCAUUGUAUGGACUUUCUUUUGAUGGGUUUUGUGAAUAUCCGGAGUUAGGGAUUCUUGGUGACUUAUUAGCUACUCCGGAUUUUGGGUUUUCAGUUUUAGUAGUUCAACAAGAACCGAAGGAUGAUUUACAAGUAGUGUAUGAUAAACCAAAAUGA